UAGAGUACAUAUCCCAAAGUUAAAGCCGUUUUAGUUAAAGUAGUUGAUGGAUGCUCACUCCAUAUUUGUUAUCACAAUUUGGCUCCUCUCUCUCCUUUUUCUCCUCUCUCAAACCAAUGCUAAAGUUCACUACCAUGAUUUUGUUAUUCAAGAAACUCCAGUGAAGAGGCUGUGCAAUACCCGUAACAUAAUUACGGUGAACGGAGAAUUUCCUGGGCCGACCAUUGAGGUUAAUAGUGGGGACACACUCGUGGUCAACGUGGUGAAUCGUGCUCAGUACAACGUCUCACUACACUGGCACGGGAUUCGACAGAUGAGAACGGCGUGGGCCGACGGGCCGGAGUUUGUGACGCAGUGCCCGAUCAGGCCGGGAGGGAGCUACAAGUACCGGUUCACGGUCGAGGGACAGGAAGGCACGCUGUGGUGGCACGCCCACAGCUCCUGGCUCCGCGCCACGGUCUACGGCGCUCUCAUUGUCCACCCCAAGGAGAACCACUCCUACCCUUUCGCCGAGCCGACAAGAGAGAUCCCCAUCAUCCUCGGGGAAUGGUGGGACGCGAAUCCAAUUGAUGUCGUCAAAGAAGCUGCGCAGACCGGAGCGGCUCCAAAUAUCUCCGACGCCCUCACCAUCAAUGGCCAGCCUGGAGAUCACUACAACUGCUCAAGCAAAGAAACAACCACAUUUCCGGUGAAGCCCGGCGAGACCAACCUGCUGCGGUUCAUAAAUGCGGCUCUCAACACUGAGCUAUUUGUCUCCAUAGCCAACCACCAGAUGACGGUGGUUGCAGCGGACGCCUCCUACACGAAGCCCUUUGCAACUUCCGUCAUCAUGCUCGGUCCGGGCCAGACAACUGACGUCCUCGUCACCAUGGACCAGGCUCCCACGAGCUACUACAUUGCAGCCCGGGCCUAUUCUAGUGCUCAGGGCCUCCCAUUCGACAACACCACCACCACCGCCAUCGUCGAGUACGACUGCGGCUGCGCCACCAAGCCAGGACAGUCCAUCCCGCCAGCAUUCCCAGCUCUCCCAGUUUACAACGACACCGCAACCGCCACAGCCUUUGCCGCCGGCCUUAAAAGCAUAUCGAAAGUUAAAAUUCCCGAACCGGUCGACGAGCACCUGUUCUUCACCGUCGGCCUCGGCUUGUUCGAUUGCCAUCCAGGACAACAGUGCGGCGGCCCAAAGGGGACUCGACUGGGGGCCAGCAUAAACAACGUCUCCUUUGUGUUCCCAUCCGACUACUCCAUUCUCCAGGCGCACCGCCAGGGCGUGCCAGGAGUGUUCACCACAGACUUCCCAGCCAACCCACAGGUGCAGUUCGACUACACGGCGACCGACAUUUCCCACGAACUGUGGCAGCCCGUUGCAGCGACAAAGUUGUACAAAUUAAAGUUCGGUUCCGUCGUUCAGCUGGUGCUGCAAGGAACUAACAUCUUCGUAGGCGAGAAUCAUCCCAUCCACAUCCACGGCUAUGACUUCUAUAUACUGGCCGAGGGCUUCGGAAACUUUGAUCCAGCGAAGGACACGGCAAAGUUCAACCUCGUCGACCCACCGAUGAGGAAUACUGUCGCGGUGCCGGUCAAGGGUUGGGCAGUAGUCCGGUUUGUCGCGGACAACCCAGGGGUGUGGCUCUUGCAUUGCCAUUUGGAUGUUCACAUCAGCUGGGGACUAGCAAUGGCAUUCCUGGUGGAGGAUGGAGACAGUGAGUUGGAGUCCUUAGAGCCAGCUCCGGUCGACCUUCCCCCGUGCUAAGUAAUAGAAGAGAACAAAGAGAUACAGCACAGAGUCAGCAAUUAUAUUAUUUUCUUCUAUUGUUUUGGUCAUUCUUCCUUUUGGGUUUUUGAUAAGGAUCUAAAUUCUCUUUUUCUUUUUCAUUAUUAGCUUCUUUUUUUCCCCCAGAUUUGUCAGUGUUACCCAUAUAAAUUGAAUUCUGUAAUGAAUAAAGUUCUUUCCAUUAUCUUU